AUGCGAUACUUCCACGUGGUGUGGGACUGUAGCCGAAACCGAAAGAAACCAUCUUAUUUCCACCCAAAAAGGUCUCCUGCCGGCCUCGACUGUCCCCUGCACUGCCUCGCUGCAGAGUGGCUUCAGAAUAACCUCACACACUUGCUGCCCACUGCAGGACAAGGCCAUUCUUUCACCAUCAACUGCUCAGGAUUUGGCGAGCAUGGGGCAAAUCCAGCCAUUCUGGAUUCUGGUUUUGGCAGAAUGUCCUUCCCUCCAGUCAUCAGCUUUGCGGUCCCCAUCCAGGUCAACAUCUCCUUCACGAUAACCGCCAUCCUAGAUGUGGAUGAACAGCUGCAGCUGAUGACCUCAUUCCUGUGGCUAGAAAUGGUCUGGGAUAACCCCCUGCUCCGCUGGCACCCGGAGGAGUGUGAGGGCAUCGCCAAGAUGGAUGUGGCAGCCAGGAACCUGUGGCUCCCGGACAUUUUCAUCCUUGAGUUCACAGAAGUGGAGAAAACCCCCAGAGGCCUCACAGCAUUUGUAAGUAAUGAAGGUCACACCAGGUAGAAGAAACCCAUGAAGGUGGCCAGUCUCUGCAACCUGGACAUCUUCUACUUCUCCUUUGACCAGCAAAACUGCACGCUCACCUUCCGCUCACACCUCUACACAGUGGAUACCUUGUUGCUGGGCGUGGAGAAAGAAGUGUGGCAAAUAGCAGCUGCCUCACAGAACGUGGGUCAGGUCCGCGGGGAACAGGAGCUCUUGAGCAUCACCAAGGCCACUCCAAAGAUGUCUGUGGGAGCCAGUUUGCAUGAUGAGAUCAUGUUCUAUGUGGCCAUCCGGCGCAGGCCCCGGCUCUACGUCCUACACCUCCUCGUCCCCAGCGGCUUCCUGGUGGCCAUCGACGCCCUCAGCUCCUACCUGCCUGCAGAAAACGUGCACCGCGCCCCCUUCAGGAUGGCCCUGCUGCUGGGCUACAAUGUCUUCCUGCUCCUGAUGAACGACUUACUCCCCUUCGGCGGCAGCCCCCUCAUCAGCGUCUACUUCGCCCUGAGUCUGUCCCUGAUGGUGGCCGGCCUGCUGGAGACCAUGUUCGUCACCCACCUGCUGCAUCUGACCCCCACCCAGCCCCCACGCGCGCCCCGCUGGCUGUGCGCGCUGCCGCCGCCGCGCCGUCCCGGAGCCUCUGUCCCCUCCGCAGGCCUCGCCGGGCGGGGAGACUCGGCGGCGAAGGCGCCAGGCCCCCAACAGACAGAGCCGAGUGGGUGCGCCCAGCCAGCGGGCGCCCGGUGGGAGCCGGAGGCGGUGGAGCUGUGGGUGCCGCGCAGCCUCCUGCCGGACACCCUGCUCUUCCGCCUCUACCUGCUCUUCCCGGCCGCCUCCGUCCUCACCGCACUGUCCUCUGGAGCACCUAGGCACCUAGGCGUGACGGCUGUGUGCGCCUCCCGUGCAGCUCCGGGGCGCCUCUGGCUCCCAAGCCGCCAGCCAGGCCGCUGACCCUUCCGUCCUUCGCAUGCUCGCGGAUGACAGAGUCCCUGCUGCCCUCCACCGACGCGAGUCCGGGCCUGCUGCUCAGUGUCAUCCUCUCCUGGACAUGGUGCCCUGGUCCCUGCGUUUCCAGAGCACCUUCAGCCUGUCCACCUGGGUCUGGGUAGACCUCUCUGCCCCAGGACUGGCCCCUGGGGGGGCCAGAUCUCUGUAAAUCAUUUUGCAGAGAUCUCUGGCUGUGUGUGACGUUGUACGGUAAGAAUGUAACUAUGCAGUAUCAGGUUAAUAAUAUCCCUUAGUCAUGGCAGACUGAGCAAGUCCACAAUCACCUGAAUGAGAGGCAAAGGCUAAAUGAAGAGAUAAAUGGAAUGAUUUCAGGGCUCCAGGAGGAUCAAAGCCCUCUCAAGAUUCUCUCAG